AUAAAACAUCCUAAGAUGAAUGUACAGUUUCUUCCAAUUAAUACAUUUGUCGAUACAUCAUUUUGGAGCGAGGUUAACAGGCGAAAAUUAAAUUUAUGGAAACUAAGUGAAGGUCCAUUUCCAGUCAGGGCAGUGUACGAUAAUUCUGGUAAUCAUUCAGCAUCAUUGCUUUCCUUCUCUUUUGAUGCUUUUACUGAAAUUUCCCGUGAAAAUCUUCCGAGGGGUGUAGUUCCAGUUCAUGGAGACUUAUUUGUUUACAACUCGUUGGUCAGUUAUGAGAAAGCAGAUCGGGAAGCAUUUUUGAAAAAAUAUGCUUCUGAGGCAAGUUAUACUCAUCAAACUCCCGACUUACUCACUACCUUUAUCCUCACAGUUUUUGCGGAUCUAAAGAAAUUCAAGUAUGAUUAUUGGAAUUGCAUCCCUGCUUUAAUAUACCCAAAAAACAUGAAAAUGUUAAAAGAACCAGAGGUAUUAACAAAGGACAUUUGUGCACUAAUUUUCAAUAAUAUGGGUAAAUAUCGCGGAGAGCCGUUUUUAUUGACCUCUAAAGGAUCUGCACCUCUCAGUGAUAUUCUUUUGAACAAAACAGUUUCGCAAAACGAGGUUGACUUGGUUUUUAUGGAUCCCUCAACGGAGCAGCUUAUUCCUGGUUGGCCUUUGAGGAAUUUAAUAGCAGCUGUUGCAUAUAGCAGGAAAGAUUGGAGUUCCAUGAGGAUCAUCUGUUUUCGAGGCGGGCGGUCUUAUUCAGCAUUUCGGCUCGUUAUUUCUUGGGAUUCUCAACAAAAUACUUUAAGUGAUGUUGCUGUCGGAUGGGAACGUGACUUAACUGGAAAGCCAGCAAAGUUGUCGGUGGAUUUACGCAGUCGUUUUGACCCGAUAAGGUUAAUGGAGCACAGUGUGGAAUUAAAUUUGCGCCUUAUUCGAUGGCGUCUAGUGCCUGGUCUGCAGUUGGAACUUUAUAGUAACUUAAAGUGCCUUAUUCUUGGUUCUGGGACUUUAGGAUGCAAUAUUGCUAGGUCACUCUUAGGUUGGGGUGUGCGUAACUUCUCCUUUGUGGACAAUUGCACAGUCUCGUUCAGUAACCCUGUUCGGCAGUCGUUGUUUGAAUAUGCGGAUGCUUUGGAUGGUGGCAAAAGUAAGUCGAAAGCAGCUGCUGAUGCCCUUCGUCGUAUAUUCCCAUCUGUUAAAGCAGAAGCCUAUGACCUUACAAUUCCUAUGCCGGGACAUACGGUUUCAGCUGAAGGGAAAGAAGAGGUCACAGAAGCCAUUAAUCUGCUUGAAAAGCUGAUCAUUGAUCAUGACGUGGUCUUUCUGGUCAUGGACAGUCGUGAAGCAAGGUGGCUUCCUUGUCUCCUUUCAACGUACCAUCAGAAGCUUGCGAUUAGUGUAGCACUUGGCUUUGACAGUUACGUCGUUGUUCGUCAUGGUUUCAGUCGUCCAGAUAAGCUGAGCUGUGAUGUGCCAUUGGAUUCGGUAGUCAUUCCAGGCUCUCAUUUAGGGUGCUACUUUUGUUGCGAUGUAACCGCUCCAGGAAACACGGUCUCAGACAGAACUCUAGAUCAGCAGUGUACAGUAAGUCGUCCAGGGGUUUCAAUGCAGGCAGCCGGUGCCGCAGUGGAAUUGUUAGCAGCAGUUUUACAACAUCCAAGAACAGGUAUGGCACCGGCAAGGGUUGACGAAAACGAUGAGUCCACUACUAUUUUAGGUGCCACCCCUCACCAGAUUAGAUGUUUCGUUUCUAAGUUCCAACAGAUAACUCCAACGGUUAUACGAUUUUUACAUUGUUUGGCAUGUGGAAAAGCGGUAAAUGCUGCUUUUGAAAAUGGCCAUCUUAAUUUCCUUAUGCGGGUUUUCAAUGAACCUAAAUACUUAGAGACGAUAUCAGGUCUUGAACAGAUGGAGAAAUCUUUUAACGAACUGUCGAUUUGGGAUUUUAAUGAUAACGAUAGUGUUGCAUCGUCUAGCUCCCUAUAA